AUUUGCCCGCCCUCCCCCUCGCCUUCGUCGCAAGUCCGGUCGCUGAGGGACAUCGACGAUGGAGUUGCAAGGGCGCAGCUGCAUCUCACUCCCACUGAUUCUAGCGACGUGGCUGCUGGUGGCGGCGGCGUUCAUCGGGCCGGCGGAAUGCAUCAGAAGAAAGCGCCAGUUACCCGGUGGCAGCGAGGACGGCAAAGGCGGAGGGGUGGAGCAGUUCAAGUACUCGGCCGCCGCUUGCCGGGCCCACACGGCGUCCCUGUCGGACUUCGGCGGAGUCGGCGACGGCGCCACCUCCAACACGGCGGCGUUCCAGGCUGCGGUUUCGCACCUCAGCCAGUUCGCCUCCGACGGCGGCGGGAUGCUCUUCGUCCCCGCCGGUCGGUGGCUCACCGGGCCCUUCAACCUCACCAGCUCCUUCACCCUCUUCCUCCACCGCGAUGCCGUCAUCCUCGCCACCCAGGUAAUCUCCCCGCCCACUCCUCCUCCUCAUACUUGAUACAUAGCAGAGAUG